AUGGUAGUAUCGGUCUCAAAGAGAAAGUCAAGAUCUUCAAAGAAGACAGAAGGUCCUCGUAUCUUCUUCUUCUGUAACAAUCUUUGUUCUCUCUUCUUCAGAGCCAUUCUCUAUGUAACUCUUCUCUCAGUACUCUUCUUCUUCCUUAUUUACCUCUGGUCAUCUUUCACCACUUUGAUCUCCGACAAGGUCUUCCACAUCUGUGUUUUCUCUCGGAAGCUCAACGAUCCUUAUUGUCUCACGGCUGGUUCUAAACCCGGUUCUCAAAUUCAGACCAACCUUACUACUAAAAGUGUUCUUCUUGAUAAAAAUAAAGAAAUUGGUUCGAAAAAGAGUGAACCUUCCGCCGGAGUGAUCGCCGGAGAUAGAGAUUCCGGUGAUCCGAACAAUGUUCUUCGCAGUCAAGAUGAAUACUUUAAUGAUGAUGAUAAAGUUGGAGAAUUGGGUUCUCAAACAAAUUCUACUUUCGCCGGAGAGACGGUCGGAGAUAUAGUUUCCGAUCAAAAAGAGUAUGAUGUUCUUGAUCAAGAAACCAAACCCAAGAAUUCUGAUUCCGUUCUUGGCAAUCAAGAUGAAGAAAUGGAUUCUCCAAAGAAUGACUCUUCCGCCGGAGAUACCGUUGAAGCUAGAGUUUCCGAUGAUCCCACAAAAAAUCCUCACGGUGAAGAUAAAAAAGAGUAUGAUGUUCUUGAGCAAGAAGUCAAACCCAAUAAUCUAGAUUCAGGUUUUGGUGGUAAAAAUGGAGACAUGGGCAUUUCAAAUAAUGUUACCUUCGCCGGAGAGACAGCAGAAGAUAGAUUUUCUGACGAUCCCACAAAGAUUCUUCAAAAUGAAGAUAAAAAGGAGUAUGAUGUUCUUGAACAUGUAGACAAACCUAAGAAUCUUGAUUCAGUUCUUGACCAAGAACAUAAAUCCAAGAAUCUUGAUCCUGUGUCUGGUAAUAAAGAUGGAGAAUUGGGUUCGCAAAACUAUGAUGAGAUUUCGGCCGGAGUGACCGCCGGAGAUAGAGUUUCCGAUGAUCCCACCAAGAUUCUUCGAAGUGAAGAUAAAAAAGAUUAUGGUGUUCUUGAACAAGAAGACAAACCCAAGAAUCUUGAUUCAGUUCUUGAUCAAGAACCCGAACCGGAAAACAAGGUCGAUCUCAGUUCACUCAUUGACCUAAAAGCCGAGGAAGAAUACAGCAAAUACAUCAAACCUAAGAGUGAAGGAGAAGAAAAUGCGUUAAGGGCAGUGAUCAAGUAUCUUUACCAACAAAGAUCAUGGGUAUCUCCGGGAAACAGCAGCGUAAAUAAGCCGGGAUCUUGUGAAGGUAAAGGUGUUUAUGUUUAUGAUUUACCAACGAAAUUCAACAAAGAUUUGCUGGUAGAAUGCAACGAUAUACUUCCAGGGGUUAACUUGUGUAGCUACUUCAAGAAUGAUGGCUUUGGAGAAGUUAUUGAGAAUCUUGGUCAAGGUUGGUUUGGAACGCACAUGUAUUCUCUUGAACCGAUAUUACAUUCUAGAUUUUUGAAGCACCCUUGUAGGGUUUACAACGAGACCCAAGCUAAGCUCUUUUAUGUCCCUUACUAUGGCGGUUUUGAUGUUUUGAGAUGGCAUUUUAGGAAUGUUUCUGAUGAUGUAAAGGACCAGUUGGGGAUCGAGGUUUUAAAAUGGCUUGAGUCAAAGGAAUCUUGGAGGAGAAACGCCGGAAAAGAUCAUGUGUUCGUCCUAGGAAAGAUUACUUGGGAUUUCAGGAGAGAUAAGGUCCCUUGGGGCUCAAGGUUCCUUGAGCUACAAGAACUGCAAAACCCUACCAAACUUCUCGUCGAAAGACAACCAUGGCAGGUCAACGACAUCGCCAUUCCUCACCCCACCUAUUUUCAUCCCCAAACAGAUGAAGACAUCUCCAGUUGGCAGAUCAAGAUCAUGAACAAAUCUCGCCGGAGUCUAGUAAGCUUCGCCGGAGGUGCAAGACCGGAUGACCCUAAUAGCAUCCGGUCAACGUUAAUCGAGCAAUGCAUAUCUUUAUCUUCCGAUGACCAAUGCCGGUUCUUGGAUUGUACAAACGGAAGCUGCAAGAAUCCAAAGAAUGUCAUUGAUUUGUUCCAAGACUCAGAGUUUUGUCUACAACCACCGGGAGAUAGCGCAACAAGGAGAUCGGUCUUCGAUUCUUUAAUCACCGGUUGCAUCCCGGUGGUCUUUAAUCCGUACACGGCGUACUAUCAAUACGCAUGGCACUUGCCGGAGGAUCAUCGGAGAUACUCAGUGUUUGUAAGUGAAGAAGAUGUGAAGGAAAAAGGAGUGAAUGUGAUGGAGAUUUUGAAGACAACGACUCUAAAGGAGAAAGAGGAUAUGAGAAGUUACAUUAUUCAUCAGCUUUUGCCUGGUUUGAUCUAUGGAGACUCUAAUGCCAAGUUUGAGAAGUUUCGAGAUGCUUUUGAUAUUACGUUUGAUAGUUUACUUGAGAAAAUCAACAAAUCAGAAUAA